AUGACAGCAAGCAAUCCGUCGAUAGUCACAGCAGGUCAGCAACAAGUAGUUCGUGUGUGGAGUCUGGAGUGGACGUCGACAGCAACAAGUCAGCAAAGAAAUCCCUUGUUCGUGUGUUCUGGACGUCGACAACAGCAAUCGUAUCCGGGUUAUGGGGUAUACGGGGAUGAAGGUGGAUACGGAAGUUACAGUGGAUACGGUGGUGAUGGUGGAUACGGGGGUGAAGGUGGUUACAGUGGAUAUGGGGGCUACGGUGGAUACGAUAGAUAUGGGGGUGACGGUGGUUACAGUGGAUACGGGGGUGAAGGUGGUUACAGUGUAUACGAUAGAUCUAGGGAUGAAGUUGGAUACGGUGGAUACGAAGAACAUGGUGGAUAUGGUUAUGAGUCCCGUAACACAUCACUUUAUGAACCAUCUACCCCGGGCAAUCCAUUUCAAGUAAAUGAGAAUUGGGUACAAGAAACGGGAAAGGAUAAUGGUUACGUAAUUGUUACUCGCCGAUCAAAAAAUAUUGGCGGUACUACUGGGAUGGUAUGGCUUGUGUGCGACCGUAGUGGUGAACACCGUAGUAAAGCAACAGUUAGGAAAGCUGGUAGCAAAAAAAUCGGCUGCCCAUUUUCAUUACUCGCCAUCCGGGACGUGAUGAACGACACGUGGGAGUUAAAAGUGGACUGUGCGAACCAUAACCACGAACCUACGACGAGUCUGUUGGGCCACGCUUUUGUGCGAAGAUUUACUAAAGCCGAAUACAAGCUAGUGGAGCAGCUAACUGCUCAAAACAUGGAGCCACGUAUCAUAUUUCAAACCCUAAGAAAGCAGUUCCCCGACAGCCUGCACGUUCAGAAAGACGUGCAAAAUGCGGUACAAAAAAUUAGAGCGACAAUAAUGGACGGAAAGAAUCCUAUUCAGGCACUGGAAAGCCUGCUGCAUGACCGCCGAUUCAUUUACGACACCCGACAAGAUCCCAAAACAGAUGUCGUAACAGAGAUUUUCUUUGUUCAUCCUUAUUCAAUCACUAUGUGGCGUGCAUUCCCGCACGUGAUGUUGAUCGACGCGACCUACAAAACAAACCUCUACAACAUGCCAUUUGUCCAGGUUGUGGGUAUGACGUCGACUGGGAAGUCUUUUUGUAUCGCACAUGCCGUUAUUUGUAAAGAACGAAGGGGUAACUACGUGUGGGUGCUUGAGCGGAUCAAGUCAAUAUUGCAUGAAUGUAUGAUGCCGCGUGUGAUAGUCACGGAUAGGGAGCUUGCCCUAAUAAACGCGUGUUCUAAAGUAUUCCCGAACGCAAAAAGGCUUCUAUGCCACUUUCACAUCCAACAAAAUAUAGCUAGAAAGUGCAAGUCAGGGUUCGAUAAAGAAGAUUGGGGGAAAUUUAUGUCGUACUGGCGGACAUUGUGCGAAUCUUCAUCAGAGGCCAUGUACAAGUACAACUUGGAGAAAAUGUAUAACCGACUCGUGGUUGCCAACCGAGAAAGUGUCUAUGAUUACGUCUACGAAAACUGGCUCAAAGACUAUAAAGAAAUGUUCGUCUAUGCGUGGACCGAUAAGUGUCGCAACUUUGGUCAGCGCACCACCAACAGAGUUGAGAGCCAGCACGCAAAUUUAAAAAGAUACAUUACGCGCGGGAGUUCAUUGGAGCGAAUAGCAAGAUGCAUCAUUGAUAUAGUUGAAACUCAGUACGAUGAAAUACAAAAAAGUUUCACUAAGAGCAUCGAAAAAACGAUGAACCACCACAGACACUGA